UCACUCUGUUAUAUUCUGCUGAUGGUUUGAGGAUCUACACAAUGACUAUGCUGGUGAUUUUCGCCACACUGUGGCUGGUUGUGUUUGGCUGUGAGUGUGAGGAACUUCAUCCUCUGGACUGUUCAGAGAUUUAUGAAACAGGAGAACAAGUCAGCGGCAUCUACAGCAUCUAUCCAACAGCUGAUCGUCCCGUCUGGACUCAGUGUGACAUGAUCUCCAGCGGUGAAGAUGAGGAGAAAGGAGGCUGGACGGUGAUUCAGAGGAGAAUGGACGGCAGUAUGAAUUUCUAUCAGCCGUGGAAACACUACAAGAGAGGAUUCGGCGUCAUCGAGAGCGAGUACUGGCUGGGACUGGAGUACAUGUAUCAGCUGACACAUAACAGAAAGUACAUGCUGAGAGUGGAUCUGGAGGAUUUUGAAGGCCGGAAAGGUUCAGCGGUGUAUUCUCUCUUCUCGGUGGACUCUGAAUGUGAAGGUUAUCGACUGACUGUGUCUGGAUUUAAAGAUGCAGGAGCAGGUGAUUCUUUAUCUGGACACAGCGGGUUCAAGUUCUCCACCUUUGACAAAGAUCAGGACACUCAUGAAGGCAACUGUGCCAAAUUGUUUCUCGCAGGAUUUUGGUAUUCCAGUUGUCAUUCUACAAAUCUCAACGGUGUGUAUCUGUGGGGUGAAGACGCCACACAUUACGCCAUCGGAGCUUCUUGGACGAGCUGGAGUAACAAUUACGCCCUCAGUAUGAAAUCUAUGACCAUGAAGAUCAAACGCCUGUCUUAAAUACUUGAGUUGUAUUUCAUUUCAUGUGUGUUUAUCCCUUUAAUUAUGAUUUAAAAGCCUGAAUAAACUAUAG